AUGAAUUAUCCUGAGACGUAUACCACUGACGCAUUUUGCGAAGUAUUUCUGAAACUUCUCGAUGAGUUGCAUUUAGUAGCCGUUCAUAUCGUUGGCGCUUCCUUCGGUGGAUUUCUAGCUCAAAAAAUUUGUGAAUUUUGCGCCGCCUCUCAUGGUCGCGUAAAAUCUUUAAUCCUUUGCAACACAUAUAUUGAUACAUAUGGCUUCGGUACUCGCUAUUCUGCUAAAAUCCUUUGGUUAUUGCCUUUACCUAUGCUUCGUAUGACAUUUGAAUAUCCUCACGUUUCCGAUGAUGCUGACGAUGAGAUAAGGAAUGCAUCAAAGUUAGCAAGAUUUCAGUGCAAUAAGAUGUCUCAAGGUGAACUGGCAUCACGUCUAACAAUGGCUUCUCGUACAAAUUUUGUAGCGACAGAAAAACUGCAGAAAUCAGACAUCACAAUUAUUGAGGUCAGUGAUGUAGAGACUACUUAUAUGCAACAAUAUAGCAGUGUCCAUCAAGCCUACCCCGAGGCUAAGGUCGCCAGUCUUGAUACUGGAGGUCAUUUCCCCUUCCUCAGUCGUUAUGAUGAAUUCGCAACCUAUAUGAAGGUCAGGACUAUUUAA